AUUUAGCUGUUUUAUAUUUUAGUUGCAAUUAUUUCAUAUUGUGUGUUGUCUAAAUUUACUUAACGGAAAAUGGAUGUAGUCGGUUCGAAGCGUCCGACUUUUAUGGUUCAAUUACUAGAAGAACUCGGAUUGAACGAAGGGACACGAAUACCAUUAGCUAAUCAACAAAAUCAGGAUUUGGAAUCAAUUUUAAUUAACAGGCAAAAUGAGAUACAGCAGCUCAAAGAGAGUUUGUCAGCACAUAAAACAAAACGCGCAGACUUAGACAACUAUAAGAACUAUGUACAUACAGAAUACCAAGAAAAUACGCGACUACUGUUCGCUCAUAAGCAGCAAUUGGAGCAGGAGGUUAAACUUAGACAACUAUCAAGCAAUGAAGCUGACAUCCUUGAGAGGGAUAUACUCAGCUGUAACAAACAAACCAGCAAUAUUGCUGACCGACUUGACAGAGUGCAAAAUUCAAUUGCGGAUCUGUUGAAAAAGGCUGACAGCCUUAAGGGUGAAGUUUGCGGGGAGAAGGGAAUCCUGCAGGAGUGGAGAACUGCUCUUGAGAGUAGCGCAAAAGAUAUUUCUUCUAUUGAACAAUUUACUAAACAAGACCUGUCCAAGGCUAAAGCUUUAGAGACAAAGAGGCAGAAGUUAAAAUUGGAACAUGAUCAAAUGCAAGAAAGACUACACCAACUUAUUUCAAACCUCAGUGCAGAGGAGAGAGCAUGUGAGAGGAUAUCUGUUCAGGUGGCGGAUGGCAUGGAGCAACGUAAGCAGAUGAUGUCGAUGUGGACCGCCGCCGUCGACAACCUGCGACAGAGGGACAACGAGAUUAGGCACGUUCGGGAAGACUACACAGAACUAGAGCAGGAGGCAGCACGUCUGUCGGAGCAGUGUCGCGAGCAGCAGGCGUUCCUGGAGCAGCAGCGCGGGCACAGCGCGGCGGGCGCGGCGGACGGCGCGGCGUUGGCGGCGCGGCUCGCCGGCGCACGCGCAGAUGCACGGGACCUACAGGCGCAUAAUGUGACGCUUGAUGGCGAGAUACAAAGUUUACAACGCGAGAUAAGCAACAUGAGACUGACUAUCGAGAAAUUGAGUAUGGAGAACAGACAGAUCAUGGACACGCAACAUAAGAAGGACAUUGUAAUGGAAAACAUGACUACUAAGAUAAACGAAUUGAAAGCAAAGUUGGAAGAUUCUACGGACAAGACGCGCAGCUCGGACAAACGUGCCAAGGAACUAGAGGACAUUUUAAAUGACGAGGAGAACUACGCUCGUCAGCUGACGGUGAACCAGCAGCGCGCGCAGCACUGCUCCUUCCUCGAGCAACAGAAACUGACGGCAUUGAAGAACGACGACAAACUGUUUCACAUGCAAAUGAAAGCUUCAAAGGCAAUGAUGAGCAAGUUGGACACCAAACAAUACAGCAUAGAAAACUAUCUACAGAUACAGAAGGAGGCUUUGUAUAACAUUUGCUACCAAGUUGAGACCAUUGGAGCUCGCGUUAUUCGUAUGGAAGGUAUUCAGGUUGAGAAGGAAUGUUCUGUCGAAUUGAUUGCGAGGGAAAAUAGACUGAAGGAGGUCUUGUCUCGUCACGCGGCGCGCGUGUCGCUGCUGGAGCGUCACUCGGGCAAGCUGCACGACGACCUGCGACGACUCACCAGGGACCUCGAGGCUAAGGGCGCCGAGCAUAGCCGCAUGAAAAGUCGUCUCAAAACCUCAGUAUUGGAAGCGGAGGGUGGCGACAAGGAGUGCCGCGCGUUGCGGGCGGAGUGGCGGCGCGCGCGCGUCGACGAGGCGCUAUUGCGGCUGCGUGUGGAGCAAGCUGCCCGCGCGCUCGCUAAUAUCGACCGCGCCACACACGCACGGGAUACACGACAGCUGCAGAUUGAGGCGGCGAUGAGCUCCCGACUGGUGGAGAUAUCGGCGCGUCGCGAGAUGUUCGCGGUGCAGCGGCGCGCGUUAAUCGACGACUGCGGCCGCCUGCGCGCCGACAUACGAGAGCGGGACCAGCGCAUACGGCAGCUGGUCAAGAGACAUGACAUCCUCAUUGCCGCGCUGGGCAAAGAUGAUGCUGGACAGCAGUUGUCUGCUACGUUCUUUAAAAUUAAGUUUGCGGCGGAGCGGGCGGAGCUACGCGAGCGCGGCGCGGCGCUGGAUGCGGAGAGCGCGCGCCUCGAGCGAGAUAUUCGCGCGCUCGAGUACUCGCUGCGGCUGCUGCACGCCGCGCACGAGAGGUUCAUGAGUAGACUCGCGCCGUUGGAUGAGUUAGCCCCCGAGAUCCAAGAGCUGGACAACUUGACGAGGCAGUACUACGCCAGUCGAGACGAGCUCAAACAGAAGGUCGCUAGAAUCGCCGCGCUCGAGGACGCCGUGUCGGAGCUGAACACGCAGCUCGUGCUCACCGGGGAUAAAUAUAAGCAGCUCACUGCUAAAGAAGCAGAAUGUGAGAACGAUCUGGAGACGAGUAGGGAGAAGUGUGAGCGGCAAGCGAGCCGCCUGCAGCACGCCAACGACCUCGUCAGACAAUACGCCAGACGCGCCAGGCGACUGUUCGACGGAGAGGACGACUUGAGGAUAUUCCAGAUGUCAGUAUGGGUACGUGACUACUGGGAGGCGUGGCAGAGCGGCAUACGUGCGUUGGGCGCGGCGUGCGCGGCGCACCCCUCGGCGUACUCGCGCGCCGCCCAGCUGCUUGCUGCGCCCGAUGUCGGUAACAAGAGGCUGCAGGCGCUCGUGCAGCGAUUCAGAAGCGACGCCUCUGCGCUGUCCGCCAAGGAAUCUUUACCGGAGUUAGACAAAAGCCUAUUCUCAAGUUCGUCGGAGUCAUCCAGGGGCUCCAGUAUAAAAAGCGGUUACUCGACCCGACUGAAGGCGUUCCGCAAAACUCUCGCGCCUAAAUUACAGGAGAAAGCGCUACUGGACGAUUCUACACAAGGGACGCGAUCAUCAGUUUCACUGCGUGUUGUGACACUCGGAAUGCCAGAAUGCCCUUCUACAUCAGACUAUUCACCAAAAAAGCCCUAAAGUAUUGUUAAUGAGUUUUAUACGAAUGUUUUCUUUGUGAUUUUUAUACGAUUUUGAAAUGCUUCCGAA